AUGGCAGAAUACUGGAAGUCCACUCCGAAAUACUGGUGUAAGCACUGCAAGAUCUACGUCCGCGACACAUCCUUCGAACGCACACAGCACGAAGCCACUGGCAAACACCAAGGAAACCUAAAGCGCUUCCUACGUGAUAUCCACCGCAACAGCGAGCGGGAAGAGCGGGAGCGCCAAAGAGCCAAAAAUGAAAUAGCGCGGUUAGAUAGAAUUGUCUCCGGAUCGAAGCAAGGCGGAGACCAACAACAACCACCAUGGAAACGUGGGGUGGGUACAGGUGUAAAUUCAACCGCAACUGGAACUGGAACCGGAAACUCAACCGCAUCGCGUUCCGUAAUGGCGGCUCAGCGGAAAGAGCAGUUGGCGCAGUUGGUGGAGUUGGGCGUGGCGAUUCCGGAGGAGUUUAGGAAGGAUAUGGCGCUUGCGGGAGAUUGGGAGGUUGUGGAGGAAGUGCCUGUGGAGAAGAAGGAUGCGGAGGUGGAUGAGAGGGCUGCGUUGAAUGUUGGUGUUAGGAAGAGGAAGUUUGAGGGGCAGGAGGAAGAGGAGGCGGCGGGGGAGACGGUGGUUAGGCAGUGGUGGGGGUCGACGACGCGACGGUUCCCCGGAGCAGAUGAGAAGGAUGAUCUAGAUGCGUUGUUGGAGAAGACGGCGGAGUUGAAAAGGAGGAAAAGGGAGGCGGAGAUAAAGGUAGAGGCGAAAGACGAGGAGGGGCUUGGAGAGGAGGGGGUGGUGAAAAGAGAGAGUGAGAAUGCGGAUCAUGGUAGUUUUUUCCAGGUUAAAAAGGAAGAAAUUGUAGAUGGGUCUACGGGGGUGAAGGUUGAGGAGGAAAAGGAUGGCCAGGAUGUGUCGAAGUCGAUUCCCGAGGCCGCGAAGGAUGCGUCGGAGGAAGUCGUUCCGGCUGUUGUUUUCAAAAAGCGCAAACCGAAGCAUGCUAGGUGA